CAAUAAAAGUCAUCUUCGCUGUAAUUUUCUUUUCCUCUCUUAGAAUAAGAAGAAGUUAUCAGAAGUAGCAACUCAGGCAAAGCCCCGUUGCUUACGCCAAUAUUUCAUUCAAUUGCAAUUAGAGGUUACACGAAAGCAUCCUUUUGCCUAAGCAAGGCUUGCGAAUUUAUCAGGCCCGCAGCUUUUUAACGAAUACGCAGCCAAUUAGAGCAACGCUUAUGAACUCUUGAAUUUUACAGCAGUGUGUCCACGGCAUCACUGAUCAUUUUCAUAACAACAGAGUUUUUUCUUUACUCUUGGACAACAUAUGAAUUUGUAAAGUCGUCAGCAUACUGGGCUUGGUCUCGAAAACGGAAAGACCGAUAACUUUCAUAUGAUUGUUUCAAUAAUUAUUAUUAUUGAAAAUAGUAAAAAAAUAUCGCAUGAAAGUGUUCAAAAAACUGAUUCCAUCUUUUCGAUAAGAGAAUUCGGAUGACAUGAAAUUUUUAUCCAAAAAAAAUUAUCAGGUUUGACGAUGAAAACGUCAAAGAUUCUACUUAAGAGCACAGCAUCUGUCAAUAGUUAUCGAGCAUUAUCGAGUACUUCACACAUAGCUUCUCAUCGUUCAAUUCAUUCCAGUACGUCUGUCCAUCUGUUGAUGUUAAGCAUUCGAAUAUCGAUCAAUCAAUCAAUAGAUUUGAAGGAGAGAUUGCUCUACGAUUAUAAAGGCCACCUAUUUGAACUGUCUGUGCCUAGGAGAAGGAAGGACGUAAAUUAUAUAAAAUUUUUCACGCAAUUGUGUUCAUUACUUCCACAGGAUUUUUUGCAUAAAAAUCAAUUAGAAUCCAGUCGUUGGUUAGAUCAUAAAAAGCGUUAAAUUACCUGAACAAAUUUAUGAUGAAAAUAUGCAUAAUUUAUGCUGUAACUUUUUACAACACUUUAACGAGAUAUACCUCGCAUCACAGCAAGAGUGAGCAACAGUAACUAAAGCAACAACAACAAUAAUAAUAACAGCAAA